AUGUCACUUGACCAAAAUUAUAGGGCGCUUCUACGCAAGAGCCUACCGAGACGAGGGUCCCAGGGCCAUGAGCGUAAGAAGAGAAGAAAAGUGGUGGCUUCAAGGAAGGACGAGGAAAAUGUUGCUGAUCUUUUUGGUGGUGCCUCGGGCUCGGACUCAGACUCGUCAGACUCAAUGGAGUUCGAGGAUGUGGAUAUUGAGGAGCCUAGCAAUAUGAAAACACCGACACCGCAACCGAAGUCAGAGGAGGGUAAUGGACAGUCUGAUGGUUCUGACGAUUUUGAGGAUCUUGAGGACGUUGAUAUAGAUGCUUUUUUCGAUCAAAAAGAACAGCAGCAGGAUGAAACAUUCACUUUUCUGAUCAAUGAGCAGAAAGAAGAAGUGGCAAAAGGCAAGCGCAAGAAGGUGACCACCGUUCCCAAGGCAGAACGGCACCGCCGAAAACUCAUUCACAGAUUGUACCUUAUGACAAUGAUAGGUCAUGGUGUGAUUAGAAACCGUUGGUGCAAUGAUAAGACUCUUCAAGCUUUGCUCCUCGAAAAUGCACCUCCAGCUAUAAAGGAUCAUUUCAACCCCAACCCGAGGCUUUUGGACUACGUUAAGCAGAGGCAUUUCGUAGAAGGCUUACAAAAACUUGUCAAGUAUUGGCGAUUCAGAGUCAUGGCUCAAGGUCUCGUCCGUAAGGACUGGGGAGAAUUACUGGUCAAACAAGAGCACGUUAUGCGCAAUAUAGAUCUUGAUCGAUUUAGGCAGACGAUAUGUUCUUACAGAGGCUCUCGAGAUUUGGGUGCUCAAGGGUUUGUAUGUCUAUUGAGGGCGUACGGUCUCAAUGCCCGUUUAGUUUUUUCAUUACAGCCGCCAGAUUUCAGGUCGAUUACACUACCAAAAGACAAGAGUGUUGAAGCAAAAGAGGAUAUUCCAAAUAUCGAACAAAAGCCGAAGUCGGAGUUUGCUCCAGUCUUCAUACCAGACAGUCGUACUGAGCUCCUAAAGAAUGUAAGGAGAGGAAGUUCAGGUAGAAAAGAGAGGGAGAAAUCCAAGAAAAAGUUUACUUUUCCCAUAUCAAAGUUUCCAGUUUUUUGGGUGGAGGUAUGGAACCAAUAUCUGAAGAAGUGGAUCACAGUUGAUCCGAUGGUCAACAAAAGUGUUGAGGUGAUGCCCAUGCGUAAGAAGGGAAAGUUUGAGGCUUCUUUUCUGGAGCCGACUUAUCAGAGCUGGUAUAUUCUUGCGUUCGACCGCAGUGGUGGCGUGAGAGAUGUUACUAGACGGUACACGCAGUUUUACAAUGCUAAGACUGUCAAGAAGAGAAUCGAUCACUUGUCAGACAAGGAUGAACAUUGGUAUGAGCGAAUUCUAAAAGCGGCGCGGUCUCCAAGGUCAAAGUACGGCUUGCCUGAGAUAAUGGAGUCAAAGGAGUUCAUCACCAGAGAUCAGUACGAAGGAGUUCCCAACAAUAUGAAUGACUUCAAAAAUCACCCUCUUUACGCUCUAGAGUCCCAACUUAGGAAGGACGAGAUAAUAUACCCCAAUGAUGAUACCAGCAAAUGUGGAACCUUCAGGCCAAUGAACAAAGACAGUGUUGUCCCCAUAUUCAGACGAUCACAUGUCUUCAGGUUACGCACAGCAAAGGCUUGGUACUUACAAGGAAGAGUUUUAAAAAUGGGCGUGCAGCCUUUAAAAACAAAAGAGAAACAGAUUUCACAAAUGGAGGAGGAAGAUGAAGAUGGUAUGGUUCGACUUUAUGCUGAAUUUCAAACUCAGUUGUAUCAAGCUCCUCCGAUUGUCAACGGCGAAAUAACGAAGAAUGCUUUUGGAAAUGUCGAGAUAUUCGUGCCGUCGAUGACACCGGAAAAUGGACAUUUAAUUCCAACAUCGAAAAAGCUCCCUAUUAAAUUAAUAGAGAAAGCUGCGAGAGAUAUUUUGAAAAUUGAUCACGCUAGAGCCAUCGUUGCCUUUGAUUUUGGAGAAAGCGGUUCUAAAGGUAAACGGUCGCCUACUGCUCGUGUUGGAGGAGUGCUUAUCGAUGCACAGUAUAAGGAGGCGAUGGAUCUUGUUCUCGAGCAUCUCAUCGAAAUGGAGCAUGAGGAAGAACGAAGAAAGAUUGAGCUCACGGCAUUGAGAGGUUGGAGCUUCUUCCUCAAAAAACUUAUGAUUAUGGACCGUCUCGAUAAACAGCACGGAGAAGUUGACGAUGAAGCCGGUCUGGAACAAGACGGAUAUUAUAGCGUUGAAAGUGAUAACGAAUCUGGUGGAGAUGGUGAGUAUAAAACGCACGAAUCUAGAGGAGACCGAUUUAGGAGAAGAUACGAAAAUGAGCAAGUCCAAGGGGUCAUGGAGGAUGAGGAAUUUGGAGGAUUUUUGCCGAAUGAGGAUACAGUACCCGUCGAUGUACCUGUCAUCGACGCCCCCGAAACUACCACAAUAGCUUCAAAAGAAACUGAAGAGUGUGACCAUGAGUCAGAUAACGGUGGAGGUUUUCUGAUUGGCGGAGACGCGGCAGAGACUCCGAAAGUUUCGGAUGAGAAUGACAAUACCAAAACCGAAGAGAGUAUAACUGAGGAUACACAUGAAAGACUUUUACAAGUGAAUGAUAAGAAUUUAAGGGAUUUCGGCGAUGGUGGCUUUAUCGUUGACGAGGGGGAAUCGAAUUCUAGCGAUUCCUCGCAGAAUGGAGGCUUUUUUCCGCCACAGAACUCUGCUGACAAUAACGAGCCAAAAAAGGAGUCAUUAGAUCUUGAGGCGGAAUAUGUCCGGUCGACUUCAAGCUCAUCUGUAAAAUCAGUUACCCCAAUUGCUGAAAAUCAAGGAUCGAUAGAUAACAGCACUUUAAUCGGACGCAGUAACACUCCAGAAGCGCAACUAAUACCGAGUGACAGCAUGGCUGCUAAAAUUGAUCCCAUUUUGGAAGCAACAAGGAUAUCUCAAGAUCUUUCUGAGAGAGAGAAUAAUAAGCGUGACCCAGAAAAGUCUGGCGACUUUGUGGUGGCUAGCAAGAUGUCGAGCACUGAUAACAGAACUUCCUCAUUUGAAGAUGGCGAAAUUGACGAGGCGCUUCAAGAAGAAAUCGCCAAGCAAGAGGCAGAGUUGGGUUUUGAAUAUAGCGACUCUGAAUAA